AUGGACAGCACGUGUGAAGAGAGGCCCGCAGAGGAUGGGAGCGACCAUGAGGACCCUGACCCCAUGGAAGGCUCGGCCCGGAUCCGGGACACCCCGGAAGACAUCGUGCUGGAAGCGCCGGCCAGUGGGCUGGCGUUCCACCCGACCCGCGACCUGCUGGCUGCAGGGGACGUGGACGGGGACGUGUUCGUCUUUUCUUACUCUUGCCAAGAGGGAGAAACCAAGGAGCUCUGGUCAUCAGGUCACCACCUCAAGUCCUGCCGAGCUGUGGCCUUCUCUGAAGAUGGGCAGAAACUUGUUACUGUCUCCAAGGACAAAGCCAUCCAUGUUCUAGGUGUGGAACAGGGCCGACUGGAAAGACGUAUUUCCAAGGCUCAUGGUGCCCCCAUCAACUGUCUGCUGCUGGUGGAUGAGAAUGUGCUGGCCACUGGGGAUGACACAGGUGGUAUCUGCCUCUGGGACCAGCGCAGGGAGGGCUCUUUAAUGGAUAUGCGGCAGCAUGAGGAGUACAUUGCGGACAUGGCUCUGGAUCCAGCCAAGAAGCUGCUGCUGACAGCCAGUGGGGAUAGCUGCCUUGGCGUCUUCAACAUCAGGAGACGUCGGUUUGAGCUGCUCUCAGAGCCUCAGUCUGGGGACCUGACUUCUGUUACCCUUAUGAAAUGUGGGAAGAAGGUGGCCUGCGGCUCCAGUGAAGGUACAAUCUACCUCUUCAAUUGGAAUGGCCUUGGGGCCACAAGUGACCGCUUUGCCCUGAGAGCUGAGUCCAUAGACUGCAUGGUUCCAGUCACUGAGAGUCUACUGUGCAUUGGCUCCACUGAUGGAGUCAUCAGGGCUGUGAACAUCUUGCCAAACCGAGUAGUGGGCAGUGUCGGCCAGCAUGCCGGAGAGCCUGUGGAGAAGCUGGCUCUUUCCCACUGCGGCCGCUUCCUGGCCAGCAGUGGCCAUGACCAACGCCUCAAGUUUUGGGACAUAGCCCAGCUGCGAGCUGUGGUGGUGGAUGACUAUCGUCAGCGCAAAAAAAAGGGACGGCCACUGCGGGCCCUGAGCAGCAAGGCCUGGAGCACUGAUGACUUCUUUGCAGGACUGAGGGAAGAGGGAGACGACUCCAUGGCUCAAAAGGAAAAGGAGAGUGACGAUGACAGCGACUGAGGGGAUGAACUGGAUCUCAGGACAGGUCCCACUGGGCAAGACUCUUCCUGGACUGGAUCCCCAGAGACAAUAUGAAUUUAUAAUAUCCAAUUGCACAGCACAAGAGAAUGCACUCAGGGCACUGACAUGGGGAAGCACUUGCCCUGCAGUGGCUACUCUGCUACCAGUAAGAUAAACCCUAAGUUGUGGGCAAGACAGCACAGACACAACUAUAUAUUAACCAGGGGUUUAAUAUAAAUACAACCAGCAUAGAAAAAGUCAAAACUAUACAUAAACCAAAAUCCGAAUGCCA